AUGGGGGGCGCCGUCGUGGGGCCAGCCCCGGGAGCGGCAUCGCAAGAGGAGCGCCGAGGCUUAUUCGCUGCUUCUCGGGGAUGGAGCUCUGGUGUGGGGCGCUGGCCGGCUGGCGCAGUCCCCCGCAGCCCCCGAACGUCCGCCCUUGCCCACGCCGGGCUCCUGCUGAUGCUACUGCUGUUACUGCUGCUGCUGCUGCGGCCCGCGGGUGCCGCCCCUCCGCUCCUCCCACAGGCCUGGCCUCCACCUCUGAUCCUCUGCGUCCUUCCACAGGUUGCUUGGGCGCUGGCAAAGUGCCGGGGGCACUGUCCACGGAUGCCCCCGCCGACCUUGACGCCCCCUGUGCCCCCAGUGCCACCUGUCCCUCAGGCGGACGUCGCUUCCCCCGGCAGGCUGCCACUAGCCAGCCGCCCAGGACCCUGCAGUACUCUGCUUCUAAAGCCGACGAGGAUGAGUUCCUUUCCCCCUGUGGCUUCUCCUGUGAGCGGGACACCACCCUCAGGGAUCCGGAGGCCAUGGCUCGGCGGUGACCGUGGAUGGUCAGUGUGCGGGCCAAUGGCACAUAUCUGUGCAGGCACCCUCAUUGCCUCCGAGUGGGUGCUGACCGUGGCCCACUGCAUGAUCCAGAGUGAUGUUACCUAUUCAGUGUGGGUGGGGAGUCCAUGGGUUGACCAGAUAUCCAAGUCUACUGUCGACGUCCUGGCGCAGCAUGUCAUCGUGAACAGCCAUUAUCGGUCCCAUCGGUACUGGUCCGGGGUCGGCCGGGCCAAUGACAUUGCCCUCCUUAAGCUUGAGUGGCCACUCAAGUACAACAAGUAUGUCUGGCCCAUCUGCCUGCCUGGCUUGGACUCUGCGCUAAAGGACCACGCCCUGUGCACCGUGACAGGCUGGGGACUCCCCAGGGUUGAUGACCCCAACUCUGGAAGGACAACUGAAGGGAGCAUGCCAAACCGGCUUCUGUUGCGACUUCGCAUCAAGCAACUCCCAGGUCCGAGAGAGGAAGGGGGUCUCCUGCUUUUGACUGAGGUAGCUCUCUGGAAAGGAAAAGCAACCCGCAGCUCAACCAUCUGUCCAGUCUUUCCUCUGGUGCAUAAGCAUGGAUGGGGCACCUACCAAAAGCCACGUACUUCUUCAUCUAAUGGACACCACCCUUCGGCAUGUAUUGGGGACACUUGGAGAGGAUCAGCAACCUGUCCCAGGUAACCUAGAGGAUCUGUGUGCCCA